AUGAACAGGAGAAAACAUAGAUUUUGGGUGAGGAGAAUUUAUCAGAAGAGAGAGGAGUUAGGAGCUUAUCAUACCCUUGUAAGAGAGCUUCGUAUUCACGACCGAGAAUUUUACUUCAGAUUCACAAGAAUGACAGCAGAACGUUUUGAGCAUUUGCUCUCACUUUUUGGCCCACUGAUAGCCAAAAGAAAAUGUCGAUCAAGAAAAGCGAUCUCUGAAGCAGAGCGAUUAAUGAUUACUUUAAGAUAUUUAGCUACUGGUGACUCUCAACAAUCACAUUCGUUUUCAUUCCGAAUGGGUAGAGUAACUGUGUCAAAAAUAAUAAAGGAAGCAUGUGAAGCAAUUUGGGCAGUGCGGAAGAUUGAAUAUCUUAAAACUCCAGCAACACAAAGUGACUGGUUGCAUAUUGCCAAUGAGUUUGAGAAGGAAUGGAACUUCCCAAACUGUAUUAGUGCACUUGAUGGGAAGCACAUUAUGAUGGACUGCCCAAAAAAUGCUGGAUCCGCAUACUACAAUUACAAGGGAUUUCAUAGUAUUGUGUUAUUAGCCGUAUGCGAUGCAAAUUAUUGCUUCACAAUUGUAGAUAUUGGAGAUUUUGGGAGCACAAAUGAUGCAAGUGUACUUUCAAGAUCUGAGCUCGGACAAUGUUUUGAAGACCAUCCCUCAGAAAUGCAUCUCCCAAGCUCUUCCACUCAUGGAGGUCACAAUCUCGCUUAUGUUUUAGUUGGUGAUGAUAUUUUCCCUUUGAAACCAUGGUUAAUGAAGCCAUAUCCUGGGAAAAAUCUGUCAGAAUUUGAAAGGGUAUUCAAUUACAUACUUUCAAGAGCAAGAAGCACUAUUGAAAAUGCAUUUGGCAUUCUGUCAGCGAAGUGGAGAAUUUUUGGGAGACUAAUAAGAGGCAGUCCUCAGUUGGUUAACAAGAUUGUUCAAAAAUCUGUCUGCCUUCAUAACUAUUUGCGAUUGACAGAAAAUGCAUCAUACAUUCCUGCAGGAUUUGUUGAUACAGAAGACAACAUUGGAAAUAUUGUGCCUGGUGGAUGGAGGAUAGAGGUUGAAGGAGAUGAAUGGGGAUUCCGACAGCUUAAUCGUGUUGGGGGUAACAGAUAUACAUUUGAGACAAACAACAUAAGGAAUAAUUUUAAACAUUAUUUCAACAGCCCUGUUGGUGAAUUACCUUGGCAGCUACAGCAUGUUAGCAGUUGUGGAAUUAAUAAUACGAGAUAG